CCACUUGUAGACGCUUCUUUAAACGUUCGAUGUGGGACAAAUUAUGAAAACUAUGCUACUCUAUCUACUUCAUUAAACCUUAUGUUACACUGCCUAAACUAAUUUCUCUGAAUCUUGGAUACGUUGUCUCUGGUACAACACACUGGGGCGCAGAAAAGCAACAAGAAUCGUUCUAAACUUACCGAAUUUGUGUCGUUAUUGUGACAAGUUUCCUAGUCAGUGAACGGAUCGACUUGGACAAUGAAACACUAGCAUGUUUUUCUGCUACUGAGAACUGUCAGCUGAGCAAGAAGGAUUUGUGUAGCAAUAUGGGGAUGCAAGAAUCCAAGCCUACUUUUGGUGUAUCACUUGAGCCCAUCCUUUGUCCUUGUGUUCUCUUGCUAACUCCUCUGAACAUCAACAUGUUAAGAUUGGCAGAAUUCAUAACUGCUGCUCAAUGAUUGGUAAUGGGAUAAAGUCAUUGUUGUCCACCUCUGUCCCCACUUCUUCUUACCAUCUCUGAUCUCAGGUUUUACAAAUGGAAAUAUAAAUACACGGGCAUCAGGAUAUCGAUGUAAUAGAGCUGAUAACAGUAGUGAUAACUAUAUUUGUGCACGUAUCUUCAACCAUGGAUUCAAAUGCAUCAGGCUACCUUUUAAAUCACGCGGAAUACUAUCUAAGCAAAGAUGACUCUAACAUCAUUGAUUUGGGACUAAGUCUACGAGCAUUGCAGCCCGAGGCUUGUUACCCUUCCUCUCAUGAGAAUUAUGAUGUCCUGGUAGACUGGCAUCAGCUGCAUCCUCAGCUGAAAAAAACUGUUUGUCUUAACCCGCAGAGAGUUAAGGAAAACUGUGACGAGGAAUCAGAGGGAAUUCAAAGCAAACAACGUUGGACUUACGUGAAAGUUAACAUGGACGGGGUGCUUGUUGGUAGAAAGAUUUGCAUCCUUGACCAUAUGGACUAUUUCAGUCUUGCAAUUCAACUGGAAGACAUGUUUGGAAAACAAUCGAUAUCUGGUCUGAGGUUGUUCCAUGCUGACUCGCCAUUCUCCUUGUUUUACAAAGACAAGGAUGAUGAAUGGAGGACCGUUGGGGACGUCCCAUGGAAGGAGUUCUUGGAUCGCGUGAAGAGGCUGAGAAUUGCAUGCAAGGACGAUGCUCGUCGCUUGCCCUCUUCAUCAGCAUUGCUCCACUCUCUCCAACUUUAACAUACAAGAAAAUCAGAAUGACUUCCACAAAUUAAUUUUCUUAGAAUCUGAUCUAAACUGUUCCCGUGUACUCAAUUUAGAUUUGCCAUUAGUCUUUGCUAAGAGAGUGUAUGCUGGUUCAGAUCCUUUCCAUAAGAAAUUCUUGGCCUGAUUUCUUGC